CUCAGAUUCUGCGAUCGUUUGGCCAUGGACAACUGCAACAAUCCUAAGUUCAGGUGCAGCUUCUCCUUCAAUGGCACCUCGUGGUUGGAGGUGGGAGAUGAAGGUCUUCGAGUGGCGCCGGUCGAGCCGCACCGGCAAUUUCCGCCAGCUGUGGUGUGCAGUUCUUACCAGACACGAGCCCGGCUGGGACUUCUUUGAACUCUGGGGUUCUUUCGCAAGUUCCAUUAGCAUCCGUCGAUCCUUUCCAAUUCGGUUGGUCCGAGUCUACAGCCAGUGGCCCAGCAGCGACGUCUUAGCCACGGCGCUGCACCCGGCAGGGCUGCAGGAGUUGCAACUGGAGCUGCCACAGGCUUCGCGGCACCUGACCAAGUGGAUCGUGGCUGUGUGUCCAUCCACACUGGCCUUGAGAGGUGAGAUGGCGUCCUCCCCGAGGAUGCCUCUGACUGCGGCAGCUGCUGCUGUGCAAGCGGCACAAGGGGAGCUGGAAGCCAGUGAUUUGGAGCGACGCGUGGGCCAAUUGUCAGGCUACCUGCGGCGUCACAAGAGCACCUCGCCAUCCUCCGACUCCACCACCAGCGGAUCCCAGUCGCCACGGCAUCCACGGCAUGGCGCAGUGGAGAUCCUCGAGCAGCUCUAUGAGGAAGAGGUCUUAAGCGCCCUUCGAAGUGGCAAGCCCAGCGAUCAGUGCCUGGAGGAGGUGACUGGUGUGCGUGCCAGGGAUGAUGAGAUUGCCACGUUGAAGAAAGAGUUGGAGCAAGAACGCCAUGCCCGUGCAGCUGCAGAGGCUUCCUGGCGCCAGGAGUGCGACGCGACGCUGCAGCUGCGGGAGCAAUACGGCAAGCUGCAGCAGCAGUUGCGCAACGCAGAGCGUGAUCGAAUGACUUCGGAGAUGCAGGUGAGGCAGUUGAGUGCCGACCUUCAACAUGCUCGAGCUGUGGCCUUGGAUGAGCCCGCCACCCUUGAGGAUGUGAUUUCCAGCAUGGUGUCCCUGGAAGUGAAACAGCUCCAGACCUUGAACCCCGAGGAACGUCAGUUGGCCAAACGUCGUUUGUUGCUGCGAUGGCAUCCCGACAAAAAUGCUGGGACCGGAGCCGGCAACGACUUGGCCAAAAGAGUGAUGCAGGGAUUGCACGUGCAUCCCGAAUGGAAUCAGGGGACGGCUUUGCCAUAGCGAAGCUCAAUUCAAGUGGCAAGCAAAGUUGAUCAAGUUGUGACUGACUUUUGAUUUGCUGAAAUUGUAAGUUGUCCAAGCCCUUCCCUUCACGAUCUGUGGGUGCACUUGAUUGGCUGGGGCCAUGAUCUUAAAGCCACAUCUGCACCCAUGGAUCUUGCCAGAAUGAUGGAAAAUGCCUCAAACCUCUGGAAUAUCCAGGGCCAAAAACUAAUCAAUCAAUUAUAAUUUCUUUGAAAUGAGC